AUGGCAUCAAACACCACUUUCCUCUUCGCUACCGUCGUACUUAUCCUCCUCCUACAAAACACCACCGUCUCAGGCAGGGAUCUCCCGGCGGCAGAGUCAACCAACAUAGCGGCGAGACUCGAGGGCGGAGGAAUAAUGGAGUGUUGGAACGCAUUGUACGAGCUUAAAUCAUGCACUAACGAGAUCGUUCUCUUCUUCCUCAAUGGUGAAACCAAACUCGGUGUUAGUUGUUGCGAAGCCGUCGACGUCAUCACCAACAGCUGUUGGCCUGCGAUGCUCACUUCUCUCGGCUUUACAUCGGAAGAAACUAAUGUCCUCCGUGGCUUUUGCCAGAAUCCUAACUCUAGCGGCUCUUCUCCAGCUGCUUCUCCCAACAAAGCUUGA